AUGAUAAACUUUGUACGAAAUGAUAAUUUAAGGAAAAAUAAAAUAAAAGGUCCAGUCGUUACCGGUGGAGCAAUUAACACAUCUUCAAUUACAACUAAAGUUACUCGAGCACCUCAAAAAAACCCAACUCAAAAAAACCCGACUCGAAAAAACCCGACUCGAAAAACCCCAACUCAAAAAACCCCAACUCAAAAAAACCCAACUCAAAAAAACCCAACUCAAAAAAACCCAACUCAAAAAAACCCAACUCAAAAAAACCCAAUAACUCCAAUAACCCCAAUAAUUCCGACAGAUCCAACAGCUCCGACAGCUCCAACAACUCCAACAAUUGUAGAUGAUGAUAACGCUAACAAUAGUGACAGUGCUGAUCCACAAAAUUCCGUAUCUCCAAUAAGUCCAGUAGCCAUAAUGAUAAUGGUUUCAAUAUUUUUACUGGUAUUUUUUACAUUAGGUAUUUUACUAUAUCGUAAAUAUUUCUAUUAUAGGAAAGCGAGAAAAAUAGAUCUAGAGAUACAAUCUAAAACUAUCAAAUUACCUAUAAGUGACAAUCAUCAUCGAUUAAGUAUUGGUAAUUGUAGCAAUGAUAAUAGUCCUGCUAAUAAUAACAACGGUGCUCUUAUCAAUGGUAGCAUGGGAAUUGCUUAUAAUGAAAAAUCUCUUGAACCGGUCAAAAGAUUUCCAAAUAUAUCGCCCGUAAUUGAAUUAAAUAGAAUAUCUACUUUGAAAAUAAAUUAUAAUAAA